AUGUCUGCCGCCGACUCCAAGCCUCGCCUCCCGCGCGUCUUCAUCGUCCGCCACGGCGAGACCGAGUGGAGCCUGUCGGGCCAGCAUACCGGCCUGUCCGACAUCCCGCUCACGCAAAAGGGCGAGGACAUCCUGCGCGAGCUCGGCGGCCGCAUCGUCGGCAAGGGCAAGGUCCUCGACCCGACCCACAUCCAGCACGUCUUUGUCUCGCCGCGUCAGCGCGCCCAGAAGACCUUCAGCCUGCUGUUCGACAACCGCGGCGUCGAAGUGCCGAGCUACUCGACCGAGGACGGCGUGCGCGAGUGGGACUAUGGCGUCUGCGAGGGCAAGAAGACGGCCGAGAUCCGCAGCGAGCUCGGCGAGGACUGGGACAUCUGGACCAUGGGGUGCCCCGAGGGCGAGUCGCCCGACGAGAUGACGGCGCGCUGCGACGCCAUGAUCCAGAAGGUCGUCGACCUCGCAGACGCGCACCACGGCAAGGAGGAGACGGCGGGCAGCCACGGCGACAUCGUCAUCAUCUCGCACGGUCACUUCAGUCGGUGCUUCAUGACCCGCUGGUGCAAGCUCAACCUGUCUCAAGGCCGCAUCUUUGUCGCCGACACGGGCGCGCUCCACAAGCUCGGGUUCCAGCACCGCAACUUUGACGAGCGCAGCCUGCUCGGCCUCAACCUGUACAGCGUCGAGGAGUAG